GUGGAAAUGUUAAGUUUAUUCACUCAAAAAUCUUCCUAUUUUUUAUGAUCACUAUGGUAUUGUCUGUAUUUACUAUUUUUAAUGAUUGAGACUUUAGGAAUGUGGACUGGCAUGUAUUCUACACUCUGUUGAUUGAAUUACUUACAAAAAAGACAAAAUGGUUAAUUGUUCACAAUCUGUUGGAUAUUCAUGUGUACAUUAAAACAAUAAUUUAUCAAAAGCAUAAGAGGUAUUUCGAGCAUAUUAGAGUUUUCCUUAUUCAGUAUCUUGAUCAGGGCAGCUCUAUCUCAAAGGCAGAAAGUACUGUGACAGUUUAAGUUUAGGCAAGAAAUGUGAUUGGUUGAGUUUAAACAAGCAGUUCCAAUCAUCCUGUUAUAAGAGCAGAUCUGCCUCAAGGGCAGAAAAUAAAUGUGAUUGUUUAAGUUUAGGCACAAUGAACCCAUGUGUUGAUGUGAAUGAUAGAGAUGAAGCCUUGAAUAGAAAGAGUCUGUAGCAACCCAGAAGGCUUUGGAAUGUGUUUGAUGAAGGAGAGGAGAUCAACGUGUUGAUAUAGGGAAGAUAGAUGAAUAGCUGUGGAUUAGGUGAAGGAGGGGUUGAGAUCAGGAGGUGAGGGGUGAGGUCAGUUCCCCUAAGGGAGUAAUCAGGGUUAGUAUCUGGUUACCUUCCUUCUCUUGGGCAUAAACUAAGGAUUGGAGAGAGGGAGUGUCUUAAGUAGGAUGUAUUUAAACUGUGAUGUGAGAAAUGUUUUGCUGUCUGAUUACAGCUGUACAGAACCUUUUGGAAGAUUUAAAAUUGGUUAAAGCUUCUCUAGUGUCCGUGGGUUAUUUACUCUGAAAAAUAAGAACCUAACAGAUGGCGUUGCGAGCAAGGUUCACCACGAUUUAUAGUCAAGGCAUGGUGUCCAGAUUAGUGGAGUGGGGCGGAGCUGGCAACAAACAAAAGAGUCAAACCCAAUGAGGAUUGUGCUGCUGGGGAAAACAGGAAGUGGCAAAAGCAGUGCAGGAAACACCAUCUUUGGCGGAGAUGAAGAGUUCAAGAUAGACAGUUCAGCCAAGUCCGGAACGCAAAAGUGUGAAGCAAAGACCAAGGACAUCAAUGGAAGAAAGGUCACUGUAGUAGACACACCUGGACUCUUUGACACAAGCAUCCCUGAAGAGGAGCUGAAACCUGAACUAGUGAAAUGUAUUGUAGAAUGUGUUCCGGGGCCACAUGCCUUCCUCAUCGUGCUUAAAGUGGAAAAGUACACAGUCCUCGAGGAAAGAGUCAUCACACAAAUCGAGAACCUUUUUUCCCGACAGAUCUUUAAUUAUGCCACAGUUCUCUUCAUUUACGGUGACCAGCUUCAUGAAGGAAAAACUAUUCAGGAUUUUGUGAAAACAAAUAAGAAACUGAGUGAGCUUGUGGAGAAAUGUGGUGGCCGCUGUCACGUCAUUGACAACAAACACUGGAAUACCAGUCAGCAGGAUGAGUACAGGAACAACCAGUACCAAGUAGCAGAGUUACUCAACACCAUAGAGAGAGAGGGCGGAGGAAGAUGCUACACCAAUGAGAUGCUUCAAGCAGUGCAUGGAGUCAUACAAGCAGAGAAAGAGAGUCUUAGAGAGUCAAACAGCCAGAUGUCAGAGGAAGAGAACGAAAAACUAUCCAAGGAAAGAGUGAGAAAGAAACUCCUGAUCAAGUUGUCAGGGGUAGCAACAGGUGUAGUGGUAGGAGCGUUCCUUGGGGUUGUAGGGUCAUUAGCAGUAGUACUUUCUCUCUUAAGUAGUAUAGGAGCAGCAGCAGCAAAAGCAGCAGCGGCAAAAGCAGCAGCGGGAGCAGCAGGAGGAGUAGCAACAGCAGCAGGAGUAUCAGGAGUAGUAGCAGCAGGAGGAGGAGUAGCAGAAGUAGUAGCAACAGCAGCAGGAGGAGUAGCAGCAGGAGGAGUAGCAACAGCAGCAGGAGUAUCAGGAGUAGUAGCAGCAGGAGGAGGAGUAGCAGAAGUAGUAGCAACAGCAGCAGGAGGAGUAGCAGCAGGAGUAGCAGGAGGAGGAGUAACGGCAGCAGCAGGAGGAGUAGCAGGAGCAGCAGCAGGAGGAGUAGCAACAGCAGCAGGAGUAGCAGCAGUACAAUUAGCAGCAGCAGGAGGAGAAGCAGCAGGAGUAGCAGUAGCAGGAGGAGUGGCAGGAGGAGUAUCUGGAGGAGGAGCAGCAGCAGGAGCAGCAGUAGGAGGAGCUGGGGCAAACAUUGGAGUGAGUACAGGGUUAGGCAUAGCCGUUGGUGUGAUAGCAGCAUUAGCAGGAGGAAUAGGAGGGGGCAUAGUUGGAGCUGCUGCAGCAGAGGAUGCACAGACACCAGGAGAGGCAGUAAAGAAAGCAGCUGAGGCAGUCUGUGAGGUGGGUAAGUACAUCUUGGAGGAGGGUAAAGGUAUUUUGGACAGUGUAAGAGGUGUGUCAGAGGGGUACAGCAAACUGAGUUUGAGUGAAGAAAAGAAGUAGCAGGAGGACUCUAGGUAUUCAAAAAACACAGGUGAAAUGAGUGAAUGAGUGUUAACAACCUGUGUUUCAAUAGUUUACUAAGCACAACAGUCAGUACCAUACCACAGAAGAAGAAAAACUGUUCAAACAAAUAAUAAACAUUUCAGACAAAUCAAAUCAAACCUUAUAACAUGUCAUUGUUUUAACAUAAUUAUAAUAGCACAUUUUUUAUUUCAGUGUUUUAACAGAAUUACAGUAGCAAAUGUUUGAUUCCAAUGUUAUACAGAAUUACACUAGCAAAUGUUUGAUUGCUAUUUUCAAAUGAAAAAUGAUUUCCUUUCAAUGUAAAUGAUGUAAUGAGUCAAGUAAAAAAUAUCACAAAAAAAACACAUUAUACUGUGUUAGUGGUGGUCCGCACUAAUAGUGUUUCGAUCACUCGCUUUGAGACCUUGAAGUAGUGGUUUUUGUGGAGCGAUGGGUAACGAUGCUUCGUGGGUGACUGUUGUUGAUGUGUGCAGAGGGUCCCUGGUUCGAGCGAGGGAACGGACUAAAAUUAUACUGUUCCAUUUUUAACAUGCAUGACUACAUCUCUGUUGUUAUAAUGUUGUAUGAGUUGGAUAAACUGGAGACAGAGAAGCUGCUCAUAAAAUCAUAUUUACCACAAUGUUGAUUUUAUAUCAGGGUUUCCCUUUUCACAGCUUACGAGCUUUUAGUUUAUGUAAGUGUAGUCAGUGACAUCAGCUAUUACCAGCAUUGUGGAAAUGUUAAGUUUAUUCACUCAAAAAUCUUCCUAUUUUUUAUGAUCACUAUGGUAUUGUCUGUAUUUACUAUUUUUAAUGAUUGAGACUUUAGGAAUGUGGACUGGCAUGUAUUCUACACUGAUUUAAUUACUUGCGAAAACAAGAUAGCAAAUUGUUCACAAUCUGUUGGAUAUUCAUGUGUACAUUAAAACAGUCAUCUAUUUUAAAGCAUAAGAGGUAUUUCGAGCAUAUUAGAGUUUUCCUUAUUCAGUAUCUUGUUCAGGGCAGCUCUAUCUCAAAGGCAGAAAGUAAUGUGAAACUUUAAGUUUAGGCAAGAAAUGUGAUUGGUUGAGUUCAAGCAAGCAAUUCCAAUCAUCCUGUUAUAAGAGCAGAUCUGCCUCAAGGGCAGAAAAUGAAUGUGAUUGUUGAAGUUUAGGCACAAGGAACCCAUGUGUUACCCCCAUCACCCACCACCAACUCAUCACCCAUCACCAACCCACCACCAACCCAUCGCCCACCCCCAUAACCCACCACCAACCCACCCCCAUAACCCACCACCAACCCAUCACCCACCACCAACCCAUUUCCCACCACCAACCUUGCCUGGUGCAGUUGUGUAAAGUACCUAAGUAAAACAUACUCUAAAGUACUACUCUGAUGGAAAUUAUAAUGUUUGUGAUUUUCUAAUAACCAAUUUCUGUGUUAUAUUUGUGCUUUUUCUAUAAACCCAUUUCUGUGUUCAUGCGAGUGACUGAUUGAACAAAUCCUCACUAUCAGUAUCUGCAAUUUGGUAGUACGCCCAGAAACUUGUUUGGAGGAAUGGAUGUAUCAGUUUCAAGGCCUCGGCUCAGAGAGAAGAAGCCUCGUGAGGUAUUGGUCUGUCACAUGCAUGACCCAGUAUUUGUCGUCACAUGAAUGAAGCAAACAUGAAUUCUAAAUGGUGAAUAAACUAAAUCAUGCCAAUAGAACGUGCCAGUGUCUAAGGGAACUAACGGGACUGCCCCGUUUGAGCUCACUUCAGACCAGUACUUUACACAUAUUAGUUUGACUGUGACCUCUCCAGCUUGCUAACAAUAAACAAAGUUUCAUUUCAGAA